AUGGAACAACGGCGGCCACCAGAAUAUACGCUCGAGGUAUUCGCGGAUCCUACCUGCGUGAAGGACAUUAUUAAAGGCACGUCAAUCCUCCACACAAUCUUCUUCCACCGCUACUUUACCCCCAUAUCGCCCCUCACGCGCGACCUCCUCGACCUGACCCUCCCCGCCAUCGACGACGUCGACCUCGAGACGCUGAUCGACCAGCGCGCAACGGCCCUCGUCCGCGCAAUCGACACGUCCUCCUACGUCCCCUCCUCGCAUAACCGCACCGGUUCGUAUGGGCGAAGCCAGUCUGGCCGAGGGCAGCUGGCGGUGCAGUUCUUCGAGAAGACGCGCCGCCGCAAGAGCUAUUUUGGGUUUGGGAAGCAGGACGAGGAGGUGUGCUGGGAGACGUGGAUAUUGGAUGUUACGCUUGCGACGCCGAGGACGGAUUCGGAUGUCUACAAAGUCCGCCGCGCAAUGGAGAACUCCCUCCGUAAGAGCGCCCUCAAGGUCGUCAACAUUGUCAACCGCGAAAAGGAUCACAUCCCGCCCAUCCUAACGACGGACUCCAAUUUCCCCGUGCAGAUCCUAGUAAAUCCAAAGGCACAGGAGGGAUGGGGUCAGCGCAUGGGGAUCGGUAUCUUCUAA